UCCAGAUUUUUGGAAAGAUGACGACCCUUUUCUCGACCCGCGAAAGCAACCCGGUCGGAACUCUGCUGUCCGGCCAUUAAGAGGCGGCACAGCGGUGACGUUCUCAUAUCCGACCUCCCUCUGGUCUUGGUUCGUCCAAUCUCCAAACGAGGAAGAAGAAUCAAAGCCGAGAAGUUUCGGCAGCUCCGGCGGUUCUGCAAUUUUUCCGGCGACUCCGGUCACCUUCGGUGAUGCAUGAGAAUUGAUUAUGCAGGUUUUAAUUGCUAUUGGACUAUUUGUGGUGGUUGAUAAAUUUCCCCUGUUUUCAAAACAGAGGACUAUGUUGAUGAACUCGAAUCAAGUGACGACUAUGUUGAUGAACUCGAAUCAAGUGACGACUUUGUUGAUGCCCUGACAGUGAUUCAGCAAGAAGCUCAAGAGAAGAAGGGCCGUCAGGACUCAAGAGAGGCCGAAUUGAUCUUUAAUCGGGUAGGUCCUUCAAAUUCUUCACCAUUCCGAAUUUGUAUACGGUUAAGAACUUUUGUUUGUGAUAAAAGGUUAGGAACUUAAGAUAACACGUACCAAACAUCCUACAGCUGCUAUUAUAUGUACGUUUUGCAAACGUGUUGAGUUUUUUUGCUAUUGAUGGUUGAUAACUUUCCCUUGUGUUCAAAGCCUUUUUUCAAAACAGAGGACCAUGUUGAUGAAAUCGAAUCAAGUUUGCUUGAUUAGAGCUAAUGACAGCAAGUUAUUGGAAAAUAGCUCUGGAGAAAAAGGGCCGUCAGGAGAGGACAAAUUUGUCUUUAAUUAGUUCGGUCAGUCCAAAUUCUUCACCAUUCCAUUAAUCUUGAAAUAACUGGUGUUACAUUGAUAUAUAAAAGUAUAAGGUUAAGAUAAACACAUAUCUACCCUCCUACGGCUGCGAUAUGAACGUAUGUGUUUUUUGACUUUUGUGUAUGUAGAACGUAUGUGUUUUUGUGCAUGUAGCUAGAACCUAUGUGUUUUGGUAUACCAGUAUAAUGUUUGACUGUUCUUUUGUAGUCAGUGACAUGAGUUGUUUUCAUAUAUAACUUUUUAAGUAAAUUGGUGGCUGGGUGCACCGAAAGUGGGUUAGUAGCAUUUCCACUUUGUUAUCACGAUGUUGUUUUUUAUUUGCCUCGAGCACUAAAUGGUUCACAGUUGGUAAUUGGAUAAAUAUACCGGCCAAAGCAAAUCGUCCUUUGAUCGAUUGGUCAGUUGUCCUUUUCUUUGAUAGACUAACUAGUCAAUGACUUUUUGCAUUGAAGCUUUCAGGAAACUGCAAGAGGUUUUGCUAAUACAUUUAAAAUUAGUCUUAUCAUUUCAUUACUUCAGCAAAAAUUUAACAGAUCGCAACAGUGGGGUGAUAAGAAUCAAUGGAGCUCACACUACAAAACAUUUCUAGCCUGAAGUUGCACUGAAGCUUCCAUCAACAGUUGUGGAAUAAGUUAAGAUGAUGAUCGUGUUCUGAAUCUAUUUGAGAAACUUUUGUGGAAUACAGUAUUGUUUUAAAUGGAAGUAGAUUAAUCUUCUGGUUGUUUAAUUGUGUCAUUGUGAUAUUCUUUCGAUCAUUGCAAAAAACAUAGCCAUUUGAAUAUUCGAAUCCGUGUCAAAGAAAGUUCUCUCUCUCAAAAUGGCUCUGCAACUCUGGGAAACACUGAAGGACGCGAUCGUGGCCUACACGGGCCUAUCUCCGGCGAUCUUCUUCACACUCUUGGCUCUGCUCGUGGCCACCUACCAUAUGCUUUCUGGGCUUUUUGGGCCAUCCGAUACCCACCAGCGGCCCAGCAGCUUGGAGGAGAUGCAGCCUCUGCCGCCGACGGUCCAGCUCGACGAGAUCACCGAGGAGGAGCUAAAGCAGGACGACGGCUCCGAUCCCAAGAAGCCUCUGCCUAGGGCUAUCAAUACGGAUUCAAUUACUCCUUCCUCUUCUCCUCUCACCCGUUCACGUCCAUACGAUGUGUUUUUGAGUUUUAGAGGUAUGGAUACACGAAACACCUUCACAGGCCAUUUGCACGCUUAUUUGGUUCAGAAGGGAAUUAAUACCUUCAUAGAUGACGAAGAGCUUAGAAAAGGAGAAGAAUUAUCAGCUGCACUUCUCAAAGCAAUUGAAGAGUCAAAGAUUUCUAUUGUCAUAUUCUCUGAAAACUACGCAUCCUCAGGGUGGUGUUUGGAUGAACUUGUUAAAAUCCUACAAUGUAAGGAGUUGAAGCAACAAUCGGUUUGGCCGGUGUUUUACAAGGUGGAUGCCUCCGAUGUACGGUACCAGAAGGGUAAAUACGGUGAGGCACUUGCUAAACAUGAACGCAGAUUCAUGGACAAGGUGCAAAGAUGGAGAACGGCUCUUACGGAUGCAGCUAAUUUAUUAGGGUGGACUUUCUUCGACGGGCACGAAGCUAAGUUCAUUAGUAAGAUUGCUGAAGAUAUUUCAACACAAGUAUUAAAACGUACCUAUUUAAAUGUGGCAAAGUAUCCCGUUGGAAUAGAGUCUCGUGUACAAGAUGUGCUUAAGCUUCUAGAUGUCGGCAGAAGUGAUGUUGGCAUUGUUGGUAUAUGGGGUAUUGGCGGGAUAGGCAAAACAACAAUUGCUAAAGCUGUUUACAACUUAAUUGCUUAUAAGUUUGAAGGUUGGUGUUUCUUGGCAAAUGUUAGGGCAGCUUCAGUACCCCAUCAAGGCCUAGUUCAACUACAAAUUAAUCUUCUUCAUGAGAUUUUAGGGGGGCAGAAAAUGGAGAUGAUUGAUGCUGAUAGAGGAAUCCAGGUGAUAAAGGAAAGAUUGGGUGGUAAAAGGGUGCUUUUAGUUCUUGAUGAUGUGAAUGAAUUGAACCAGUUGGACAAAUUAGCUGGAGGAUUGGAUUGGUUUGGUCCUGGCAGCAGAAUUAUCAUAACAACAAGAGAUAAACGUUUGCUAAUUGCUCAUCAAGUCUAUCCAAUAUACAAGGCCAAGGCAUUAGGUAAUGAUGAAGCCCGUAACCUCUUGAUUUUGAAUGCCUUAAAGAAAAACAGUAAUCCAGAUGAGUAUCUGAAAUUCCCAAUUGAUACUGCUGUACUCCAUACUCAUGGCCUUCCAUUAGCUAUAAACAUUUUGGGUUCCCUUCUCUGUGGUAAGAGUAUAAGUCAAUGGCAUGCUGCAUUAGAUAGUUUCAGAAGAUUUCCCAACAGCGAUAUCCAAAAAGUCCUUGAAACAAGUUACAAGGCAUUGGAUUAUCCAUUGAAAGAAGCAUUUCUCGACAUUGCAUGUUUCUUAAACUGUGAAGAUAAGGACUAUGUGAUGCAAGCACUAGAUAGUUCUUGCCUCAACCCUAUAGAUGCUAUUGAAGCACUUGAAGAAAAGGCCCUCUUAAAUACUGAUAGAUCUGGUAUGAUUUGGAUGCAUGACUUGCUGGAGGAAAUGGGAAAAGAAAUAGUUCGUAGAGAGUCACCUGCAGAUGCUAGCGGACGUAGCAGACUAUGGUUUCAUGAGGAUGUUCAUCGUGUUUUGACUGAAAAUACAGGCUCAAAGAAAGUUAAAGGCAUCAGAGUAGAGCUAUCAGGAGAAGAUGAGAUAUGUUUGAGUGCUAAAUGCUUUAAAAAGAUGAACAAUCUUCAACUUUUUAUAAACAUUAAUGCACGCUUCUCUGGAGAGGUUAAUUAUCUCCCAAAUCAGUUGAGGUUCCUUGAUUGGCCUGGAUUCCCAGCACAAUCUUUGCCAUCCGACUUCAGUCCACAAAAACUGGUCAAGCUCAAUAUGCCAAACAGUCACAUCUCACGACUUGGGCAAGGAUUCAAGAAUUUACAAAAUUUAAAAUCUGUAAGUUUUAAAAGUUGCAAAUUUUUAACAGAGGUCCCUGACUUGUCUGGAAUCCCAAACUUGGAGAUGUUGAAUUUAAGUUACUGUACAAGUUUAGCUGAGUUGCAUCCUUCUGUUGGAUUCCUUAAUAAGCUUGUUAAAUUCGAGAUUACAAAUUGCGACAACCUUAAGAUGUUCCCAAGAAUAGUCAACAUGAAAUCUCUGGACUGUUUUGAUUUGAGUGGCUGCAUGAGGCUCGAGAACUUCCCAGAAAUUGUGGGAAGGAUGGAAUCCUUAACAACCUUGUUUUUAACUGGAACUGCCAUCAAAGAAUUGCCUUCAUCAAUUGGAUAUGAUCUCUUUGAUCUUCGAGUUUUGGAUUUAUCUUUUUGCAAAAACCUUACUAAUCUGCCACUCAGCAUUUAUGAGUUGCAAAAGCUACGGAAUCUUGGACCCAACGGUUGCCGAAAACUGGUGCUACCGUCAUUUCCGAAGAAGGUGGAAUACUGUGAAGUGCCAACUCCAACAUCCAGCUCAAAGAUUUCACAUUACGGCAAGGCAACUUCAACAGAAAGAGAAAGUGAUUGUGACGGUGAUGAUCAAGGAAAUUUAGCGUUUCCUUCACUAGAGUGCUUCUCAGCGAGAGGAUGCUAUACUUCGGACCAUGAUUUUCUUGUGAGGUUUGAUGGUGCCUCCACUUUUACAGUGCUUGAUUUUCCAGAAAGCAAUUUUGUUAGUCUUCCCGCUUGCGUUACCAAAUUUAUCUACUUGGAGGAGCUUUACUUGUGUGGGUGCAAGAGGCUUCAACAAGUUUCGAAGCUUCCACCAAAGUUGAGACUGUUAGAUGUGAGAGACUGCGUAUCAUUGGAAAGAAUUUCAAAGUUAUCAAACAUUUUGAAACAUCAAGAAUCGCAAAUGUUUCAUUGGCUGGACUUGACCAAUUGCUGGAGACUGUGUGACAAUCUGGUUCAGGAGGCAGAGAAGAAAGGUUUUUUGGUGAAUUAUGGUCAUCAGGUGGAGGCUGAUCUCUUCUCUCUUUUUCUCUUUUCUCAGACUUCUGAAUUCGGGGUUGUACUUCCAGGUUAUGAAAUUCCAAAGUGGUUCAGCUGUCAAAUGGAUUUCAAAGGGAAUGGACUGUUUGAAUUUGGUAUUCAAGUCCUUCCUAAUUUCAAAUGGGGGAACACAGGAUUGGCUCUAUGUGUUGCUGCCGAACGGAUGCUAGAUUGGGGAUUCGAAAUUUUUAUCAACGAAGUACUACUGCCGAUUGAUACUUUAAAUGAACUUAUCCAUUGUGCUUGGGAAGUCAAUCCUGGAGAUUCGGCUUGUGUGUGGCUGCUUUAUAUUCCGUUCGAUAGAAUUGAUACGAGUCCGUUUGAUUAUAAGCGUCCGCGGGCACCUUUCCAAUGUCGAGUUAGUAUUUAUCAAAGACUCUGUAGUAACAUGGUUCCCUUGAAAAGCUGCGGAGUGCACCUGGUAACGCCACCAAAUGAAGUGUGUAUGAAACUAUCCCACGCACAGAACCUCAGGAAUAGACUCAAAGCAGAGGACGAAGAGCUCAAGAGAAGAAGGGCCGUCAGGACUCGAGAGAAGCGUCUUUAAUUGGGAUUAAGUGAAAUGGCUGGUCACAAGAUUGCUGAUGCUGAAGGACCAAGUGUUGUCAAUGAGAUCUGUAACAUCACUGCCCUUGCUUUAACGCAUCACUGGCCGGAAUGACCACAGGAAAGUGAAGGCAAUAAUUCUAUGACUUGCUGGAUAAAGGUGAAGAAAUCAAUCUUAUCGAUCAAGUGAGAUGGUAAACUGCUAUAUUAGACCAUCAUGUGUUCAUGGACACUUCCAAGUUUCAACAGUGUUGUUUUGAAUAGAAAUUGUUGUUGUUUGCUGCAUUGUGAUUUUAACCAGGCUUCUGUACGAUUUUUCUUUUGACAAAUAAAUGGUUCAUAAUAUGUAAAAUCAAAGUUGACCAUUCACUGCU